AUGAGUGACUACUCGUCAUUGAAAGUGGCUGAUUUGAAAGCCGAGUGCAAGAAGCGCGGCAUCCCUCAGACUGGCCUCCGCCUCAAGCAGCAUUUCAUUGACAAAUUGAUCGAACUUGACUCACAAACAAACCAGGUUACGACCGAACCAGCGGCUCCCGCAGAAGAAUCCACCGAAUCGCAGCCAUCUGCGCCAGAUGCUGCUUCGCAGCCGAAGUCGCAGCCCGAACGAUCAGAGAAUGAACAGCAUGAAGAACCAAAGGAAGAAGCAAUUUCACAAUCCGAGGAAACAACAGCACCUGUCCCAAUAUCGGAUCCAGCUCAAGAUGGACAAACGCAGGCAGAUGAGUCGACCCAAGGAGAAGCAGUUUCGGCAGCCGAUGUAAAUUCGCAGAAAGUUGAAGAUGUCGCAAAGCCUGCGGAGGAGCCACAAACAGAGACAAUUACCCCUGAAGAUCAAGAAUCUGCAGCUGCACCUUCCCAGCCGCAAAUGGAUGAAGCAGCCCAAGAUGCGAACAAGGAGGAUCCCAUAAAGGCUCAAGAAAAGUUGAUCUCUGCUGCCCAAACCUCUGAGGUUGACACCGGGUUAUCGACACCUCUUCCGGUGGAAGAGGCAUUGGAGGAUACACGCAAACGGAAACGCCGCAGCCAGAGCCCGGCUCCUACUCUAGAAGAGAUUGCGAAUAGGAAGGCUCGCGCAAAGGAAACAACCCCACGCGUGUUGCUGAAAGACGAUGAGGUGUCUGUUUCUCGCGAUGAGGGGCCCAGCAAUUUAAAGUCUGAAGACCAAAAAGCAGCGGAGGACCACGCAGACAAACAACCCAUUGAGACGCAAACAGACUCGCACAAAACCUCCACCAAACAAGACGCUCGAUUCCGCAACCUAUUUGCACCUGCCGGUGCAUCCACCCAACCCGCCUCUCCCCCCCGCGACAUCACCAUGCAGGAUGCAGACAUUCCCCCCGCGUUGCACGCUGCAACUUCAGCCCUCUAUAUCGACGGCCUCAUGCGGCCACUCCAGCCGACUGCCCUUCGCAAACACCUGGCCAGCCUCGCAUGCGCCCCCGGAACCACGGAUUCCGAUGCUAUCAUUGACUUCUACCUCGAUGCUAUCAAAACCCACUGUUUCGUGAGUUUCACUAGUGUCGCAGCAGCCUCGCGGGUUCGUUCUGCCGUCCAUGGGACUGUAUGGCCCAACGAGCGCAACCGCAAGAAUCUCCGAGCAGAUUUUAUCCCUGACGAGAAGAUCCAGGAAUGGAUUCAGAUAGAAGAGAAAUCCCGAGACCGCGCUGGCCCUGCCGCCCGUUGGGAAGUGAGAUAUGAGACGUCUGAUGACGGAACCACAGCUAUCCUCGCCGAGGUGGGCUCUGCUCCGUCUGGGCGACGUGAAUCAGGUUUUAAUCGUACUCCACCCUUGGGCCCACGCCGGGAUAUUGAGCAGUUUGACCGUCGCCCUUCCAACGUGGCUCCUGCGGCUCCCGCACCUUCGUCGCAACCUGGGCAGGGCUUUAAGCCUCUGGAUGAAUUGUUCGAAUCCACCAAUGCAAAACCCAAGCUGUACUACCUUCCCGUUCCACGUCCCGUUGCCGACAAACGUCUAGACCAAUUUGAUGAGCUGAUUCGGAAGGGCACAUUCCCACGUCGUGGUGGCGAUGAGAUGCGGCGAAUUACUUUCGAAAAUGACGAUCAGUUUGUGGACAUCGGUCCAGAAAGAUUCGGACCUGGACCUCGCUCUGGUCCCAGACCUCGUGGAUGGGGACGUGGGGGUCGUGGGGACUCAUGGCGCUCUUGA